CAGACGUAACUGACGUUCACGCUGCGCAUUGCGCAUGGAUUUUGUUUCCUUCCUCGGGCUCCAAUCAAAACAAUUUCAAAUUAUUGACUCGACGGAGUUUAGCGACUCGUCGACGAAUAUUCAUCUCAAAUUCAUUGUUUACUACACAGAUUCGUUGAUCGGUUAGCUAGAAAUCGUGCGAUGGAAUGGUCAAAGGAGAAGACAUUGAAAUUGAUAGAACUUUUGCAAGUGAAUGCUAGUUUGUGGAACCCGUCUUUGUGUGAUACGAGAAGGGAUAAGCAGAAACGAAAAGAAGAAUUACGAGCUAUUUCGGAGCUGCUUGGUAUACCUAUGCCAGAUAUAAAUAAGAAAAUCCAGCAUCUUCGGACCCAGUAUAACAGAGAGUCAGCUAGGGAGGCCCGGGCUUUUGUAGAGGAUCCUAAUGAUAGGUACAUAAGUAAUUGGUAUGCGUUUGAAUAUCUGCAUUUUAUGAAAGAUUCCAAUAAGCCAUACAGGAUAAUCCAGUCUGAAUUGCAACAGGAAGUUAAUGGCAGUGUUACAUCUCCAUCAGAGAAUUCCACAGGUGAUUGGAAACUAGUGAACCUGUCACCACCACAUAAGGUGGCCAGGACUGACUCUACUACAAAUGGAAAGCAAGAAGUGGUUUACCCAUCAGUUUCCAGGUCAAGAGAUGAAUUCUCUGUCUUUGGUGAAUAUGUAGCCAAUGAACUGCGGUCAUUAAAGGGAGAGAAAAACUUACUAGUUGCCAAAAAGAGAAUUCAAGAUGUCAUAUUUGAAGUAAAAAUGGGCAUAAUGUGUGAAACAAAAUCUGAGCAAAAUGGAGCAUGCACUGUAUUUACGCAUGCAAAUCCGCCUCAUAAUAGCACUCCUAUACAAAGUGCGAAAUUGUAUACAACCCCUGUAAUGAGCACUACUGCACAUUUAGACCCUGCAUGUACAUCACACCCGCCGCCAUCAACAGGGAUUAGUGAAAUUAUAAUCAAUAGUGCGUGUCAUUAUUCUAAUUUUAAAGUGGACAGUCAAUAGCAGUGUCAUCCACUUCCCAAUGAGGAGGUGGUUAAAGACCAAACUUACACUAUUAGGAAUUAAAUACCUAAUAAAAGUUUUUCAGAAUGGCAUGAAACAUUCUCUCUAUUGAUGAUAUAGCAAGGUAUUACAUGGAAUAACUUAAUCCCACCUUGGCCAUGUACCAAUGUCGAUUUUCAAAGUUAUGUACAUUAGUUUAAAUACUAUUGAUGCUCUUACAGUAAGGAAACAUUGUGAGGAUACCUGUGCAUUCAGGCAACUGGAUGUGUAACCAUGGAUCCAAUACUGGUUAGGUUCCUCUGCAAAAGUUGCAGAGAUCAGCUGGGAGUUGUUUGGUGUAAAACCUGACUCGCUCAAUCCAGGAUUCAUUGUCAAAGGCAUACCCUUGGCUCCUCUCAGAGAGAUGAGGAUGCAACCUCAUUGAGAAGGAGGAGGCAGAAGAAAGAGAAGAAAGAAAAUUACAUAUAUAUGUAAUAGAUUAGGAGACUAUGUGUGACAUUCGGCAAGACUGGCAGAUUGAUAAAAGAAUGUAAAUUGUAACAUACAGACACUGUAGCUGUAGAACAAUCCAAGAAAUGAAAAGCUAUCAUGUAUUCAAUACGAAAAAACUUUAUGCAAGUAUUAAUUACUAUUAUUAUAUCACUCCAGUGAGUGCAAAUG